GUUCACGGCAGGUUUGGUUUUUUUUUAAAUUUGUGCUUAUGAGUUGUAAUAAUAUUUAUAAACAUUAUCUAUCAUUCGUGGCAGAAAUUCUUUUUUAAGCCACUUUUUGUUCGUUUGGUUUGAAUUUUUUAAAUAAUUAACGUUAAAAGUAAUACUAGCUUUUUUUUUUAUAAAAAAAAAUGACGUUCUUGAGAUCUAAAAUUAUAGUUUUUAUAUUCGUUGCUACAAUAUUCUUUCUUAUAUUUUGGCCAACAAAUCCAACAAAUUAUUAUUCAAAACAAUCAUGUGUUGGACAAAAUAGUAAUUCGCCAAUCGAAAAUAAUGGACCAGGACCAGUUAUUGAUGCAAUUAGAACAACAACUAUAACGGAUUUAAAAGGAGAGCAGAAAGAAUAUUUAAAUGCAAAGGGAUAUAUUACAUAUCUUCAUACACUUCGUAAACAACAUAAAACAGCAAUAGCAUCAUUAACACGUAACGCAGAUAGAGCAGUAGCAAAUAAUACAGUAUAUUCAGUAACAUUAAAACCACAAUUACCACCGUCAGGAGAUCCGCAUGAUUAUAUGUCGUUGGGAAGAUAUUUUUGGCCUGAUCCAACUAAACCUGAUGGAUUGCCAUAUAUUCGUAAAGAUGGUUAUGUUAAUCCCGAGUUUUUUACUGUUCUAGACUAUGUUUUUAUGAGACAAAUGUUUAGAGAAGUCCAAGAUUUAGGAUUCGCAUAUUUUUUUACUAGAAAUGAAACUUAUGUUCAAAAGGCUACGUAUCGUAUUAGAGAAUGGUUCUUAGAUGAAAAAACUAAGAUGAACCCAAAUUUAAACUAUGCUGGAUUUAGAAAAGGGGAAGUCAUAGGAUGGAAAACUGGCGUUUUGGAUUUUCAUCAAAUAUUUAGAAUGUUACAAGCAAUACCGCUUAUGAGAUAUUCGAAUCAAUGGGAUCCUAGCAUUGAAGUAGGAUUAAAGGCAUGGUUAUCGGAAUAUUAUGUGUGGUUUACUACAUCUAAAAUGGGUAGAGGAGAAGGGAAAGCAAAGAAUAAUCAUGGUACAUUUUAUGAUGUACAAGCAUUAUUUUUAUUAGAUUAUCUUGGUAGAUAUGAUGAAGCAAAAGCUUUUGCUAAACAAUCUAUAGAAAAUCGGAUAAAUAAAGGUAUAUUACCAACAGGACAACAACCACAUGAAACCGAAAGGCCGACAUCAUGGUUUUAUUCAAUAUUUAACUUGCAAGGUUUAUUUAUGUUAGCUGAAAGAGCUGAUCAUUUUGAAAUCGAUGCUUGGAAUUAUGUCGGACCUGAAGGUCAAAGUAUACGUAAAGCUGUUGACUAUUUAUUACCUUAUGCUUUAAAUGAUGGUAAAGGUUGGCCUGUACCCAAUAUUAAAGGUUUUGAAAUGAAUGAUUAUGUUAAAAUUUUAGAAUUAUCUUAUAUUAUUUGGGGGGACGAAAAAUAUUUAAAUUCUGUCGAAGAAUUAAGACCAAAAGCUAAAGCUGAACAAGCUGCUGGUCUUAAAUUGGCUAAAUGGGAAGAUAAUUAUCUUUGUAACAUAGCUUUAUUGACUAAUCGCUUACUUUGGACUUGUUUAUAUUAAUAAUAUAAUGUAUUUAAAAAAAAAAACAUUUGGAAUAAUUAUUAGGAAACUUAGAUAUUUUAAUAAAUCAAUAUUAUUAUUAUAAAAGUUAAUUAUUAAUUAUGAAUUUGAUCCAUACAGUAUGCCCUAAAUUUUCACUGAUGUUUCUGUUAUGUUUGGAAAAUGAUCAACAAUUAGGAAAUAGAAAAGUUCUAAGCGAAACUGAAUACUAUUAUAAAACUUGAUACAUAACGAUAAGUAAAUCUUAUGAUUAAUUUAUUUUUGAAAAUUAAGUAUGAAAUUAGAAUUGUUUAUAGUUUGAAAUUAAAUGAUUAUAAAAUAUUAAAAUAUAAUCU